CUCAGCUGUUUGGUCGAAGAUGACCACAACUAAAAAGGAUCCUUGUCAGGUGGACAUGGCGCAUAGUGGAGACAACAAAGCCCGUCGCCCGUUGCCACCACUCCCAUACCACUACGUAAGAACAGGUAGAGAGCUAAGUUUAACACUCUCUGCUGGCAAAGGGGACCAUGAAGAUCCUGACAUCCACAUGUACCAUUACGUAGACAAAGAUGAAAUCAACAAGCGACGACAUACCGACGAACAGGAAAAACAACAUAGACAGACAGCCGUUGUGGGGACGGGCGUUCUCACAGUUCCUGUAUGCCAGAAGGUGCCUGAUGCAUUAGUACAGGAAGAUGGCGAAGGUAUCUCGAGGGCGACGAUAACAAAGGAAAAAGAUCAGAAGGCUAACGAUGGGGACAACAAAGCUCGUCGCCCGCUCCCACCACUUCCAAGCCAAGACAUCAAUACAGGAGGAGAAAUCAAGGUCGAAAUUGCGUCGACUGACAGCAAUGAGGUCCCUAACACCAGCAACGCGAACGUGUACAACUAUCUGGACAGUGAUGACAUUAACAACCUACGGCAACAACCGGCUGAUACAGAGACGGACGAUUCAGUCCCCAAAACUACGGACUCCAACAUUCCUGGUCUUCUGGACGACGGGACGUAUGUUCCUGGCGCCUUCCGACAAGGCUGUAACGUUUCUGACCUACUGUACAAUGAGAUGUAUGUGCCUGGUGCCUUCCGACAAGGUAAAGAGAGAUGA